UGAUCCCUCAGUUUGUGAAUCAGUUUAUCCCGUUUUGAACAGAUUGGUGGCCCAGAGGACAACCUGUUGAAAGCUUCAAAGCAAAACCGGUUCUGACAUGCACUUUGAUAAAUCGCCAAAGGAGAAGCCGUGUUGCACUCUGCCCACAGUGAAGAAACUCUUGGAAGAGAAGAGAAGGCGUGAGACGUCCUCUGUGCCACCAUCCUGCUCUACAGCGAGCACAAGUCCUGUUCCCUCAAAUACUGUCACACAACUGCCCACAUCAGAACUUUUUACCUGUACAGGUGCAUCAAAUAGCUACUCAGACAUGGCAGUGAGCUAUGAGCAGUGGACCCCGGCACCAGAGCCUACAGUCAAUUACUACCGCAGCCAUCCAGGAACCAGCUAUGCUACAGCCUACAGCCUCCCAAUGACGUCUGAAUAUGGCUCACAGCAGCAGGUGCCAGGAUUUGGAGAUACAAUGUCUCAGACAUAUGAGUGCCCGAUGACAGCUGCAGACCCCAGUAUGGCUUCAUCUUGGUCCCUUCUGGGUCCCAGUCAGACCACACAGCUGAGUUUUGGUUCGUCAAUGGAUGCCACCAAACUGGAGGAGGCCAGGAUGCUGCUCAGCGGGAUGGAUUACAGCAGAGCCACCGGGCAGGAUGAAGACGGAGACACCAUCCUGCACAUCUACACUGCUAAGGGACUCAGGGAGUGUGCCUAUGCCGCUGCGGAGAAGUUGAGGGAUGUAGGGAGGCUUGAUGCCAAAGAACACAAGGGAAAGACUGCUUUACUGGUGGCAGUGACGGCAAACCAGCCGGCGAUUGUACAAGAUCUGCUGUCAUUAGGAACAGACAUCAAUGCUUGUGAUGUUAAAGGCCAAACCGCCCUCCAUCUGGCUGCCCACUAUGGCUUCCCUGGGGUUCUGCAGGCGAUUCUGUCUAGCAGACCCGCCGUCAACCUGGAGGCCCGCAAUUUUGAAGGUAUGACUCCUCUGCACUGUGCAGCCAUUUCUCACAGUGUUACCAUAAAGGCUCUGUCUACCAGUGGGCUGGCAGAUGUGAGCCUUCAAACCAAGGCGGCAGAGAAGCUUUCCUGUGUGCAGAUGCUGCUCAAUGCAGGGGCAUCCCUUCACAGCCAGGAAAUCAAAAGUAACAAAACUGUGCUGCACUUGGCAGUCAAGGAGGGGAACAUUGAUCUGGUGCGUUAUCUGCUGAGGAUUCCCCUGCCGAACAUGAAAGACUUUGUCAACAUGAAAGCUCAUGGUCACACAGCUUUACACAUGGCAGCUGGUCUCCAUGGUAACCCCCACCAGGAAGAGAUCCUGCGGCUGCUGCUGGGCAGAGGAGCUGAUCCCAGUAUCCGCAACCUGGAGAACGACCAGCCAGCUCACCUGCUGCAGAGUGGCCUCCAGGGAGAGCAGCUCAAGCUGAUGCUGAAGAAACGAAGUGCUUCCUCUCGUCGACGUAACAUGUCCUUGCAGGACCAGGAAUGAUUUAAAUCACUUGUAAUCCCCAUUUGGAGGGAACGAGUCUUUAAGAUGUUUCCUCUGUUGAGAAGGGGAUGUACAAUUUAUUGUUCUGGGAGUCUCUGGCCUACAUACUUUUAGCAAACUAUUUUGGCAAAUUCAUCCCUAGAUAUAAUUCACAUUGGAUUAGACAAAUGAUGCUUUAAUGCAUAAAGCUUAAAUUACCUGUGAUUUAGUAUCUGUAAAAAUGUAGUGCUUUAUUUAUUUUUCUACGCACAGGCUCAAGUAUUCAUGUGUAGGUGAAGCAUUUCAUUCCAAAAUGUGAUAUCCUCCAGCGAGCCUUUUCACAAAAUGCUCCUGCUGUUGCUGACAAAUCGCGUUAAAAUUUCAGACUAACAGAGACCUUUUAAUGUAUGUAUUUAUUUUUGUCCAAAUGGAUAUUUAACUUUUUGACAUGAAAACCUUGAGAUGAACAGAGAUGACUAGCAUUAGUUAUCUUCAGAAAGUAGAAGGUAUAAACAGUGCUGUGGAAGGAAGAGUAACAUUCAUUUUCCGGUUAGGCUACGCUCCCAGUUUUAUGUUGAUUUCUAUGAAAUCGUUAGUAUGAACCCCAGGACAAUGUCCCUGAAACCCUCUCACUCUCUUGUCAAAACCCCCCAUCAUAAUAAGUUAUCAUAUUGAUACACUGAGUGAUGGUUUUGAUUUCAGUCAGCAUGUGCGCUUAUGUUAAGAAUGCGUGUUAAAAAUGAAAAUAAUCAAUCAUAUAAUUUAACUUUCUGUCUGUAUGCAUCAUACUUAUGUGUGUAACCUUGUAUAGAUUUCUUUAUGGAAAAAGAAACUUUACUGUGUAAAACUAUUAUGUAUUUGAAACUGAAUGAACAAAGAAUGUUCUUUCAAUCACAAAGACAUUACAUGAGUAAGUGCGAUGACACAUUGUCUGACUAACUGUACAUUUUAUUCAUGAGUCAUGAAUACAAGUACAAUAACACUGUAUUUAAAGUUCCACCCCAUUGUUUUGAUGUUCAGGGCCCAUUUACAACUGGCUACAGACAUUAGCAGGAUGGAAAAUACACCAUCCCACUAGAACGCUGUGUCUACAGCAGUUAUUUACACGCACACUGAAGGAGUAUUUAUUUUUCAGCUGACCUUUACUGCUAUAGCAAUGAACCUAAGUCAUAGUGAAUUUAGAUCUGGUUUUGACUGUAUUUUCAGUGAUGAAUAAGGUUUGAGCUGUCUCACCUAUGUGUCAUCUCUGUUAUUAGACAUGUUGUGAAUUCCUGUAAAGCAGAAAAGAAAAAUCAGUCUGAUAAGUAAACAGUAUUAUAUUUUCACACUUCUACAUUACAUUUCCUUCACUUCAGAGUAAUUUCAAGCAACAUAAUUCCUAAUUCAGAUUAUUAAAGACACUGAUAAAAUCAUGUUGAGUAAACAAGACCUUUAUUUGAACCAUCGGUCUCAUUGUUUAGGUUUCACAGCUGAUCAUUUCAUUUUUAAUACCUUUGCCUUAACUUAAAAUAGAGGAAAUUGCUAAAAAAAAUAUAACCCAAAACCAACACUUUACUACACAUUUUACCCAUCAUAUUUUUCAAAGCAUUUUCAAAAUGUAAUACAUGACUGAACGUUGUCUUUUUAUUUUCACCAAGAUAUUAUGGUCCUUACUUCAUUUUUGCAUGUUUAUUUUAUCCAACAUUCUAUUUGGUCUUUUCUGUUCAUUGGUGUCUUCAUCAUGUUGUCAUGCUAUUUCUUAUUUCUUUUCUUAAAGGCAAAAAAAAA